GUUUUGCUUAUGUUGAUCAUGAAUGAUGUAAUGUCACGAACCUGGAGCAGUUUAUUAGAAUUGAUGGGCGCAUAGUUGGUGAUGGCCGAGUUGGACCUGUGACUCAAAGAUUGCAGAAUGCUUACAAGGAGCUGACUGGACUGAAGAGUCUGGUUUACCUAUCAACAUAAUUAGAUUUAAAUAAAUUAUUUAUUUAAAAUCAUUGAAUUUGUACGAGUCAUUCAAAUCCAUUUAAGGUUGAUUUAUAUGGAUGGAUCGGUGGAUACUGAUUCAUUUUGCUACUUCUAAUAGAUCUGACCUUUUAUGGCAAAAAUAAAAAUGGACUGGAUUAUUUGUUUAACUACAAAUAAUAAAUAAGAUCUAACAUUUUUGCUUUUAAAAUGAUGGAUUCAGGUCAAAAUAUGGUCGGAAGAGGUUCGGACGCGAAAUUUUAUCCACUUGAAAAACGAUUUUUCCUUAAAAAGGUUUUUUUUUUAUUUCCCCAGCAAAAAAGUCUUUGGCGCAAAAUAACAAACACGUCGUCUGCAAGCAUACUCUGUUCAGAAAGGCCAUGGAUAUCCAAGAAAACCAGCAAGCAGUAGACAUUUCUAAGCCUCCGUAUCUACAUCUGAUUUCCGCCUUUCUUGCAAUGGAACCCCCUGACGUCCUAAUCUCCUUGGCAAGGAAGUGUGGUGGUGGUUUGAUUGGGGAAAGAGUACAGGGCUUCAUCUGGAACAAUUAUAUUAACACUACAGUAGGGGAUGGUGGUUGCCAGCAGGGGCCUUACUUGAAAAGGGUUUUAAAGAAGCUAAUUGGCGAAAUUGAGUCAGAUGGAGGUGUUGUGUUGGAUGAAUUAUAUGAGCGUUAUGCUUUUAUCAUGACUUCUUUAAAGGGUGACCACUUUUCAGGAGGGAACUCAAGGGUUUUGAAAAGAAUUUCAUUUCUUUUUCCUGAUGGAUGUUGUGAACUUUCAAGUUGUCCGAAAUCUAAGAAGUUGGAAGUGUCACUUCAUUGUUCAGUGGACAUGCUUGAAGGAGAUACGGGGUGUUCAAUCUGGCCGUCAAGUCUUUACCUCUCAGAGUUUAUACUUUCUUUCCCAAACAUAUUUUCCAAUAGAUCUUGUUUUGAGGUUGGUUCAGGUGUAGGUUUGGUUGGUGUAUGUUUGGCCCACGUGAAAGCUUCUGCUGUGGUUUUGAGUGAUGGCGACCUGUCCACUUUAUCCAAUAUGAGGCUUAAUUUGGAGUCAAAUCUGCUCAGCACAAGAAUUGAUGUACCAGAAUGCAAAAAAGAUGCAAGUACAGUGCAGUGUGUUCAUUUACCAUGGGAAUCUGCAACAGAAAUUGAGCUGCAAAACUUUGCACCAGACAUAAUUGUGGGUGCAGAUGUCAUUUAUGACCCAUUAUACCUUCCCCAUCUUGUUCGAGUCCUGACUGUUCUUCUGAAACGUGGAACAUCAUUCCCUAAUGAUGGAAGUGUUCGCUGUGAGGGAUGUCAACCAGAUUCUGAAUGUAUCAGAAGUGAAGUGCAACAUGCGGAUUUCGAGUUUGAUAGCAGCAAAGGAAAAGCCGAGAGUUGCAGUGCUCCAUGUGUUGAGGACAAAGAUGAUGCGUUGGAGAGACGCCCUGUAGCAUAUAUUGCGUCUGUGAUUCGUAACAUUGAGACAUUCAAUUACUUUCUUGAGCUAAUGAAGGAGGCAAACCUUACUGUCGCCGACAUUACUGAGAAUUCGAAGCCAUUUGAUUUGCUUCCCUAUGCAAAAUCAUAUCAGCGAUCCACCAUACGGAUUUUUAGCAUUUCAUACAAUUAACUUGUGCCAAGAUUCUGUUCUCCAUGCAGAGAUUCCCUCUCUGGUGGCAUAUUGGUGUAUCAAUUUUGUAUCAGACGUUGCAGAUGGAAAUCUAGUAAUUAUUUGGGUAAAUUACUAGUAACCCACUGUCUUCCCUGUGAUUUGAUAUGAAGUCUAAAGUGAAUGUAAAGUACUUCCGUUCAAUUGACCUCCAAAAACGUGUGUGAUAAAACACUAUAAAAUCUAUUCCAACU